GCAGUGGUCGUCGAGGGUUCCUGGAAUGAUGGAAUCGCGCUGGGCGGUCCCGCAUCGCGGCCGAUGAGGCCCUGAGCCACGGAUCACCCUAGCAGAUGCGCCUUUCCCUCAACUGGCCUUGGUGCUCCAGUGCGACUGUUCGCUGUAAUUUGUCCGGCCCGGCGGGAUGGACCUGGAUCAUGUCGCUGGCCUUCUCCUCUCCUCUAUCGUCGGCUGCAAUCAAUCACAUCCCAGUCCGGACUCUGGCCGCUGAUUGAUCCCGGGCCUGGUCGCUGUGUUCCCCCUUGCAAAUGCGCCGAGUUCCAAAACCUUAUCUCCCUUAAGAUGUUGAGAGACGGCAGAAUGGCAAUUCUGGGCCCGGAAUAUGGACGCAGCUUUGCGCGGGAGACAUGGACCCUCUAUGCGGUGGGCAUGUUGAGCGUUCUGCUGCGGUUUGUGGCUCGAAUACGUCGACUAGGAAUCACGAAUCUACAAACGGACGACUACCUGAUGGUCUUUGCCGUCGUCUGGUACACUAUAUUAUGCGUUGCUCUGAACGAAGUCGCCUCCGGUGGGGGGUCAAACCUGAUGGACGAGAAAGAUAUCGAGGACUUGACGCCUGGGAUUAAGGCUGAGCGGGAACGGGGGAGUAAAUGGGUCUUUGUGUCCGAGCACGCAUUCGUCCUGGCGAUCUGGGCAAUGAAGGCCUGCAUGCUGGUGAUAUAUGCUCGUAUCACAGAAGGUCUACGACAACGAAAAUGGGUUAAUUACCUUGCCAUAUACAUCGCACUUGGAUUUGUUGCGGUCGAACUCUCACUCUUUCUCAUCUGCCGCCCUUUACAAAACUACUGGGCAGUUCCCACCCCCAACGAGCAAUGCUCAACCUAUCAAUACUACGAGAUCAUUCAAGGAUGCAUCUCCAUCUCCGCAGACGUCUUCAUGCUCCUCAUCGGUCUCCCUCUCCUUCUACAAGUGCGAGUGCCUCUCAAGCAGAAGUUAAUUUUGGUCAUCAUCUUCGGCAUGGGCAUCUUCGUUAUCGUUGCGGCCGUUCUGAACAAGGUCUACUGUCUCGUGCCCGCCUUGAUUUCCUAUGUCUACAUGAAUUGGUACUUCCGCGAGGUCACCGUGGCCGUGCUAGUGACCAAUCUCCCGCUGAUCUGGUCCCUCCUCCGCGACGUAUUUCCCGCUCUCAAAAGUUGGACCGGUGGUUCGAAACGUGGAACAGACCGGUACCGCUCCGGACCUUGGACCAGCAAAGCAUCGGGAACUCGGCAGUACGGACCUCCGAGUCAUUUGCACUCCGGGGAUUUCAAUAUGCAAAGCUUCAACCGAAGCACGGUUGAUGCACCGCAGAAGGCCGUGUCGGACGUUAGUACGGACCCGGCGGACGAUCGAGAUAUCAGUGACGAUGGCUCCGACCGAGCCCUAAGAAUUCGACAGGAUGUGACGGUAACGGUGGAGCGCGAAACGCGGCAACCUGAAGACUGGGAUUUCGGUCGUGCAAGGAAUGAUGCGCUGGGCCAUGCUCACGAGCGUCACGCGCAGCCUUGAAACAGUCUAAACGCCACCUACUUUUUGCGGCCUUUCUUUUGUGCGCUCUUUUCUUUCUUUCUUCUUUUUUUAGAUCACCCUACUGUCGGCGAUUACUCACUGUACAUAUUUUUCUUUUGUUCUGGCUUGGGAGGCGAUCUGAUUUUUGAUAUCCGAUAAACAUCCUGUAUAUGCUAAUGUCACAACUCUAUAGAACGAUGUCCUUGAAAACAUCAAUACAGAAAGAAUGGAGAAGAUCGGCGGGAAGUGGACCAGCGUCCCUGCCACGGUUUGAAAGUGAAAUUAUCGAUUUGAAAUCCAUCGCUCGAAGGAUUCAGCCAGCAGCCCGAGGGUGCGAUUUCCUCCGGUCUGGAAUAAACAGAAGUGAAACCAAUCAUGAAUCCUUCGACACCGCUCCAAGCAUUUUCCACGAGCAUUUAAUAUCGAGUCGAAUUGCGACGGGUUUUUGCAUUACCAUCUGGUAACAAUACAA